AUGUGGGUACGGCGUUCUCUUAACACCGGUCUGGAUCACGGCCCCCUCCCAGUAAGGGCGGUACAUGCGGAUCAAGCUCGGGGCCCAAUCCGCACGAAUUGCCUCGGGAGGCCACAGAGCAUCGGGGCGGAGGGGCUUCCUCUUGAUGGGCUUACCCGAGAUCCGCAGGAACUGGCUGUAUACCAGUGUGGGUGUUCUGGGGGAGGCAAACUCGGCCUCGCACUCGUCCUCUUCGAUGAUAAUCGAGAGGCACACAAUCUCUCUGCGUGCCUCGUUGGACGUGGGACGAGGGCCCUCGAGGGCCAGAGGUCGACUGGGAAUGACGAUUGGGAGCUCAUCUCCCAGGGACGGAAGAAUCACGGUGACUUUGGACGGGAUCAUGUUGUCCACGCCCUUGGGCAGCUCAACUUUCUCAAAAAGUUGGCUGGGUCGGCGACGGAGGGGAGGCGUCGCCAGACACUCGGAGGAGGUUUCAAGGCGCGUCUUUUCGAAGACCAGGCCUUGACGACGACGGAGGGAAGGAGUCGCCGGAGGGAGGGCACAACGGGGAAAUUCGGCGAGGCCACGAAAGGAGGACUCGAAGAGGUCACAACAGGAGCACAACGACGGGAGGUAGUAGGCAUGGAGCCCCGAAGGGUCUUCCAGCCACGAGCGAAGAACUUCGAAAAGCGUCCCAUUAUGGUUUGA